UGUUCUUGCAAGUGUGAAUGCAUUAGAUUCCUUAAUGAAAAAUGACAACUAAUCUUUAUUCUUUGUUUAUUUAUUUAUUUUUGUUCUUCCUUUAUUACAGUCUUCACUUUGGGAGGUAUUUAUGUGCAGUAAAUUACUUCUCCAUUUGUUUCUACCUCUUUGAUCUCAUUAUCCUCCACAAAUAACCAUUGCUUUGUUUUGGUUACAUCACCUACUUCACUUUCUUUAUAAAUAUCACCAUCUGAGGGCGUGUGCCAUCCACACUUCUCAAUAUCCAAAACCUCAAAUUUCCUCAUGGAAGCACCUCAAGAAUCAAACCAAAUCCAAUCCUCCUUUAAGGAAACCGAAACACCACAACCUUUUACUGAUCUUGAGAAUCAAAGAAACCAUGAACUGGAAGAAGUUGAAGUGAUCUUCGACUAUUCCAAAAGGGCACAGUGGCUUCGAGCUGCUGUUCUUGGUGCAAACGAUGGUCUGCUUUCCACAACCUCCUUAAUAAUGGGUGUUGGAGCUGUUCGUCAAGAUCCCAAGACCAUGAUUCUCUCAGGUGUCGCUGGUUUAAUCGGUGGUGCCUGUAGCAUGGCCAUUGGAGAAUUUGUUUCUGUCUACUCACAAUAUGACACAGAAUUGGCUCAGCUGAAAAGAGAGACCAGAUCUGCAAGUGAACUUGAGGAGAAGAAGAAACGUUUGCCAAGCCCUUUGCAGGCCGCCAUCGCUUCAGCCUUUGCCUUUUCCUUGGGAGCCGUGAUACCGCUUUUUGGGGCGGUUUUUGUGAAGGAUUAUGCAGCAAGGGUUGGGGUUGUGAUAGGUUUGGCUACCCUUGGCUUGAUAGGGUUUGGAUGGCUAGGUGCAGUCUUAGGACAUGCACCAGUUGUUAGGUCAUCUUUGAGGGUGCUUCUUGGCGGAUGGUUGGCUAUAGGAAUAACUUAUGGCCUUACUAAAGCUAUUGGGAGCACUGGACUUUGAUCCAUAUAUCAUCUUUCUAUGCACAAUCACUUGGUUAUAUGUAUCUAUUUAUUUAUUAUCAUGUAGUAGUGUAAAAGAUGGGAUAUCAGAGUCAUUAAUUCUUAGCAGAAAAUCUUUGGCUCUCUAUGUAGAAAGCUGCAAAUAGAUCGUCAAAAUUAAUUUUGGAUUUGGUUGCUUGAUUUGCCAAUUAUGUAGAAAUAUAUGUAUUACCCUUAUUUCUUGUUC